UGUAAAAAAAAAUACAACAGUGAAACAACUAUAUCUACAGAUAAAAUAUGUGAUCUAUCACUCUACAUAUCAAUUUCCGAUUGGAUAGUAUAAUCAUCAAUUUCUAAUUGAAUAAUAAUUUUGAUGAGCAUAUUUUUCAUCAAAUAUUUCAAAAUUAAGAGAUAAGUCACCAUCUUGUAAUUUUCAGGUCUAGAGGGAGUAUGCUCGGUUCAGGCAAUUCGUCGAACACCUUGUGAGCGAACUCCACGUUUCCACAUUCUCUCAUACACGCUGAUCGAGUCCACGCUUCAACGCACUUGAGAAUGCAUCUGACACCCAGUUUCCAAACACCGGAAAUUCGAGGAGCUAUCAGGAGGGGCGAGAGCUCUCUUCCUCAUCUCAACAUAGGACAUGAUCGAGUUACCCGGCGAAUCUGAUUCAGAGAACCCACGAACGAGAGCGUUGUACAUGAAGACAUCGGGGUCGGGAAAGCUAAAGAAUAGACGGUCGGCGUAGGAUAGGCCGCCGGAUUUGACGAAAGAGCCACGGAUUUGAGUCAGGGUUCUUAAAUUCUUGCAUUUGCGCUAUGCUGAGGAUAGAGAUACAAUGGUGAGGCCUGACCGUCAUCGGCGGCGGGGGAAAACUUCGGGAAUCGUUGUCGGAAUUCUUCGAAUCUUCCAAAAUAAAGUCUUGACUUUUUUUUUUCUAAAUAGAAUCUUAUUAUAAAUAAUAUAUAGAUUCCAUUAAAAAAAUUUAUUGUGGUACUCUAAUUUUUGGCUUUCUUGGAGAGCAAGUAAGAUUGUAGAACUUUUUUUGGGAGAUUUUAUGAGAGAACAAAAAAUCCUACGUUAAAAGAAGGGAGUGGUUUGAUACCAUGAACUGAUGAUGAAAUUUCUCACCCAUCAGAGCUUCUACUCAAUCAGAAAUCCGAUUUCUUCCUACAGAUUGCUAUCUUCAGUUUCCUUUUGCCCAAACUCAUCUAUCUUUACCGGGGAAGAUAGCAAUUUGUCGGCUCCUUUCGACCCUCUUCAGUUCUUCGCCGAUCAAUCGAAUUCGAGACAUUGCACACUCGAGACAGCUAGAAUUCUCCACGCUGUUUUGCUCAGACGACAUUCUUUGCCACAUGAUGUUUUCUUCAGCAAAUCUUUGCUCAAUUGGUACACCAAAUCCGCUUCCAUGGUCGACGCGCGGAAGCUGUUCGACACAAUUCCUCAACCAGACGUGGUUUCUUGUAAUAUUAUGAUUUCGGGAUACAACCAGAACAAUUUGUUCGAUGAGUCGUGGGGAUUUUUCCGUUUGAUGCAGUUUCUGAGUUUCGAGCUUAACGAGAUAACUUAUAGGUGUGUGCUCUCAGCUUGUUGCUCUCUGCAAGCUCCUCUGCUUACGAAGCUGAUUUACUCGGAUGCGAUAAAGAAAGGCUAUUUCUUGAAUGAUACUGUUCGAUCGGCUUUGAUAGACACGUUUUCGAAGAUUGGAAGCUUCGAAGAUGCGUAUAAGGUUUUCCGUGAUGUUUCAUGUAAUGAUAACGUGUAUUGUUGGAAUGUUGUCAUAGGUGGGGCACUUAGGAAUCAUCGGUACAGUAUCGUUUUGGAUCUUGUCCGAGAAAUGUGUUCCGGGCUUUGCCUGCCCGAUGGUCACACUUAUCCGAGUGUCUUGGCCGCUUGUGCUGCACUCGAGAAGCUUAGGUUUGGCAAAGAGGUUCAAGCCCAGGUGAUCAAAUGCUCACCUGAAGAUGUGGUUGCUUGUACUGCAGUAGUGAAUCUAUAUGCCAAGUGUGGACGUAUGGCCAUGGCCUGGAAAGCGUUCUCCCUAAUCCCCAAUCCUAACGUUGUUUCUUGGACAGCGCUGUUAUCUGGUUGCGGUAAGGAUAACGAUGGCUUCUCUGCUCUUGCAGUAUUCGAUGAAAUGAGAAAACUAGGCACUGAGAUCAACAGCCAUACUGUUACCAGUGUGAUUUCUGCUUGUGCUAAGCCUUCUAUGUUCUGUGAAGCGGUUCAGAUCCAUGGAUGGGUCUUGAAAAGUGGAUUUCUCAUGAAUCCUGCAGUAACUUCUGCCUUGAUCAAUGUGUACUCAAAGAUGGGGAAAAUAGAUCUCUCUGAGCUGGUAUUUGAGGAAUCAGAUCACGUUCAGAGCCCGGAUCUAGGAAAUCUGAUGAUAUCUUCGUUUUCACAAAAUCAAAAGCAUGAUCAAGCGGUAAAACUGUUUACUGCAAUGCUUCAGAAGGGCUUCAGACCUGAUGAGUUUUCUGUCUGCAGUUUAUUAAGUGGAAUGGAUUGCUUAAAUCUAGGGAAGCAGAUUCAUUGCUACGCCCUUAAAAACGGGUUGGUGAAUGUUUCUGUCGGUAGUUCUCUUUUCACAAUGUACUCCAAAUGCGGUCAUUUGGAAGAUUCUUUCAAAGUAUACCAGGAGAUGCCGGUUAGAGACAACGUUUGCUGGACUUCGAUGAUUUCUGGUUUCUCAGAACAUGGUUAUCCAAGUGAAGCUAUUAAACUUUUCAAGGAGAUGCUGUCUGAAGGUGCAGUUCCGGACGAGACCACUCUAUCUGCUGUUCUUACUGCAUGUUCCUCUCUUUCUCUUCUGCUGAUCGGCAAAGAAAUACAUUCCCAUGCGCUACGUGCAGAGAUUGAUAAAGGGUCACUUAUCGGUUCUUCACUGGUAAAUAUGUACUCAAAAUGCGGUUCACUGAAGUUGGCAAGGCAGGUCUAUGAUGGACUCACUAUUGACACUGCUUCAUGCUCGUCGCUAAUUUCUGGAUAUUCACAACACGGGUUAGUCGAGGAUGGAUUCCUGGUUUUUCAGGAGAUGAUCAUGUCUGAUUUUGCAAUGGACUCUUUCACGGUUUCAUCCAUGCUUGGAGCUGUUACACAUUCGGAUAUAUCAUCACUAGGAGCUCAAAUUCAUGCCUACAUCACAAAAAUUGGUUUGUUCACACAACCCUCUGUUGGCACUUCACUUGUGAAAAUGUAUUCCAAAUUUGGAAGUAUAGAGGAUUGUUGUAAAGCGUUCAGCCAGAUAUAUAACCCUGAUUUGAUUGCAUGGACUACACUGAUUGCAAGUUAUGCCCAACAUGGAAAAGCCGUUGAAGCACUACAAGUGUACACUCUGAUGAAAGACAAUGGAAUUAAGCCUGACAAAGUGACCUUUGUAGAGAUCUUGUCUGCUUGUAGCCAUGGUGGUUUAGUUGAAGAAGGCUAUGCCCUAUUGAACUCAAUGGCAAAAGACUAUGGAAUCGAACCUGAAAUCCGCCAUUAUGUUUCAAUGGUCGAUGCCCUCGGGCGCUCUGGAAGACUUAAAGAGGCUGAGAGGUUUGUCAACGAUAUGCCCAUCAAACCCAAUGCCUUGGUCUGGGGAACAUUGCUUGCUGCUUGCAAACUUUAUGGGGAUGUUGAGCUCGCAAAGCUAGCAGCAAAAAAAGUCAUAGUGCUAGAGCCAUCAGACUCCGGGUCAUACAUUUCCCUCUCAAACGUUCUUGCAGAGGUCGGUGAGUGGGAUGAAGUGGAAGAGAUUCGAAACCUGAUGAAACGGAUGGGCGUAAGGAAGGAACCCGGGUGGAGUUCUAUCUGAUAUGCAGAAGCUAUUGCCGCAAU